AUACCAUAUAUUUCCCCCAAUUUUUAUACAAAAAAAAUAAAAUAAAAUAAAAUUAAUAAGAAGCUAACCCUAAUUUUAUAAAUCAGCUUUGUAUAAACCCUUAAUUUGACGAAUUUUACGCUCGGUUCAGCUUAAGGUUUUGUUCUUCUUAUACCAUUGAGAAAUUUGGGCUGCAUUCCUAUGUGUUGUGACAAGACAGUCUUGUCAUGCACAACUGUGUCUACAAGUCUAGUAACACAGAGACUGUUUAUAAACUGAUGCGAUGGCAUCAUCUAGUAAAUUCGACUUGUCAUCUGUCAGCCCAGAUAGGCCAUUGUACAAUUCUACUCAGCGUGGGUCCUACACAGCCGCGUCAAUGGACAGAUCAUCCAGUUUCCGUGAGAACAUGGAAAAUCCUAUCUUAUCUUCCCUUCCAAGCAUGUCAAGAAGUAACUCAACUGUCACACAAUUGGAUGUGACCAACUUUUUACAAUGCUUGAGGUUUGAUCCCAAGGCAAUGGCAGCCGAGCAUAAGUUUAAUCGCCACGGGGAUUUUAGACGACUUGCUAGUGCUGUUCUUGGCUCACCAGAUGAGUCGCCAUCUGGUUCGUUGAAAAGCAAGGGGCCUAAUUCCUCCCCUGACGAUCUCAAACGACUAAAGGCUGGUCUGCGUGAAUCCACUAUUAAAGCCAGGGAACGGGUGAAGGUCUUUAGUGAGACCUUAUCAGUGGUCAACAAGUGUUUCCCAAGUAUUCCUUCAAGGAAGAGAUCACGACCAGAGGCGUUGGCUGGGGACCGUUCUAGCGGUUUACUUUUAAAUCGUUCACCUAUGGGGUCGGGUGUUGGUAAGAUGGGUGCCCAAAGUCACCCCCUCUCAACUUCUUUAGAUUUUGAUCAACAGAAAGUCGAAGAAAGGGGUAAAAAUGCCAUUCCUAACAAACGAACCAGAACUUCAAUGGUCGAUCAACGGGCUGAGGUGCGGCCUAACACUCCUGCUAGACCAUCUGGGAAUGUAGAUAGAGAUAAAGAGGCGUUAAGACUUCCUAACAAUAAUGCUUCUCAAGGCGAGGAACGAACAUUGCCAAUUGUAGCUGAUGGUUGGGAGAAGGCAAAGAUGAAAAAGAAGCGUACUGGAAUAAAGGCGGACACUGCUCCAAGUCCAAGCUCUUUGUCAACAAAAGUUAAUGAUGGAUAUAGGGAAACCAAACAAGGAAUGCAUCCAAGGCAUCUUCCUGAUGCUAUGGCAAGAUUAAAUGAUCCCCUUGGGUUCAGACCAGGAACCACUAAUGGAUUUGGCAAAGCUGACGGCCUCGUUCAGCAGGCAAGUGUGGGCAUGCGCUCUUCCAUCCCAAGGCCUGAACAGGAGAAUACGUCCCUUCACGAUAAAAGAGAUAGAAGUACUAGUUCCGAGAAGGAAAGGACAAAUCUUAGAUCGGUUAAUAAGUCUAAUGUUCGAGAAGAGUUUAUGUCUGGUAGUCCUACAUCUAGCACAAAGCUGCACGUGACUGCUCGAGGUCCAAGAUCAGGAUCAAAUGUGGUGCCCAAAUCAUCAACAGUGAAUCAACGGGCAUCUGCCUCCAGUGAUUGGGACUCGGGUCAUGGUACAAAUAAGAAUAAUGGGGCUUUUGGGUCCACUAAUCGUAAACGUACAUCCUCAACGCGGUCCUCAUCUCCACCAGUAGCACAGUGGGCUGAUCGAAGGCCCCAGAAGAUAUCACGUACAGCAAGGAGAACCAACCUUGUCCCUAUAUUAUCUAAUAGUGAUGACGUCCCUGCUUUGGAUACUAGUGAUGUUACUGGUAGUGAAAGUGGGACUGGAUUUGGUAAACGUUUUCCAGUGAAUUCUCCUCAGCAGUUCAAAUCAAAAGGCGACCAUUUCCCAUCAUCUACACUAUCAGAAAGUGAGGAGUCAGGGGCUGCUGAAAUCAGAUCUAGGGAUAAGGGUAAGAAGUCCGAAGAAGUGGUAGAGAAAGCCGAACGGAACAUUCAAAAGAUGUCUACUUUAGUCCCACCAACAAGAAAGAAUAAGAUGGUGAAUGGGGAAGAUGUCACUGAUGGAGUUCGUAGACAAGGCAGAACUGGGCGGGGUUUUGGUGCUAGGGCUGCUACGCCAACAGUAGAGAAGAUUCGCAAUGUGGGAACUGCAAAACAACUUAGAACUGCUAAACUUGGUUUUGACAAGUCUGAAAGCAAAUCAGGCAGGCCUCCCACUAGGAAAUUGUCCGACCGCAGAGCUUAUACUCGUCAAAAGCAUACCACAAUCAAUACUGCAGCAGAUUUUCUAGUUGGUUCUGAUGAUGGACACAAAGAGCUUCUGGCUGCAGCGAAUGCGGUUAUCAACCCUAGUCAUGCUUUGUCCAGUCUAUUUUGGAGGCAGAUGGAACCACUUUUUGGUUUUGUAUCCGAUUCGGAAAUUUCCUAUCUAAAGCAACAGGGAAGCACUCAGUCCGUUGUUAACAAGACAAACCCAGUAAAUCUAGACGAUGAUAGUUUUGGAACACUUCCCAAUGGAACAGAAAGCAAAAUUAUUGAACCUAGUUCAGAAAGUUUUGCACCAGGAACCACGAGACCAGGGGAAAUUCCUCUGUGUCAGAGACUCCUUGCCGCUCUCAUCUCAGAAGAAGACAAGGAGCUUCCCUUCGGUGGGAGUGACGAUCAUAGAUUUAAUAUAUAUGGAUCUGCAUUUGAGUUCGAAGCAGAUGUAGAAGAUGCCUUCAAUAAUCAAUCAUUGCAGAACUACGACAUUGCCGGACGUGGUACUUAUACUGGUCAUAGGAUAAAUUCUACACUGAGAUCUUGUAAAGAAGCUGUGCACAGCCCGUCAAGUAAUCAUAUUACGCCGAUGCCAGAUUUGACAAUCGCCACUGGUUUUGAUAAAUCCUUCAAUGGUCUACUUACAGAUCCAGCGAUGACAUCUGGCAUAACCUGCUCAGAAUAUGAGUAUGGUAACAUGCCAUUAAAUGACAGACUUUUAUCAGAGAUUCAGAGCAUUGGACUUUAUCCAGAGCUUAUGCCUGAGUUACCACGUAAUGGGAAGGAAGGUAUCCGUGGUGAAAUUCGUCAACUUGAAGAAAAGCACCAUGAACAGGUUUCCAGGAAGAAACACCUGCUUGAGAACCUUUUGGAGUCCACGACUAAAGCAAGAGAGCUGCAAGAGAAGGAAUUUGAACAACAGUGUAUUGACAAACUUACUGCAAUGUCUUAUCAAAAGUACAUGAGUUGUUGGGGUCCUCAUGCACCUAAGAAUGUUGGUAGCAAAAUCGCCAAGCAAACUGCUCUAGGUUUUGUAAAAAGAACACUGGAUCGAUGCCACGAAUUUGAAGAAACAGGCAAAAGUUGCUUUGCUGAGCCCUCAUAUAAGGAAAUGUUCCGUUCCGGAUCGUCAUACUUAGAGGACGUCCAAGUAGAGGCUGCAACUGGUGGCGAAUUCGGUAAAUUCUAUGGGAACUCCAUAGAGCGAGUUUCAGUAGGUACACAGCUAAGCCCUUCGUUAAACAGCCAUGACAUAUAUUCGUCCGAUGCAUUCCACUUGUCUGACCAAGCUACCGGCAAAGAUGAUAUAUGGUCUAGCAGGGUCAAGAAGAGAGAAUUGUAUCUUGAUGAUGUUGUUGCUGGUACAUCUGCAGGCAUUGGAACAAAAAUUUUGAAUAGUGCAAAAGGAAAGAGGAGUGAGAGGGAUAGAGAAGGUAAAGGAAAUGGUUUAUCCAGAAAUGGAGGCCCCAAAAUUGGGCGGCCUGCAACUGUUAAUGUUAAGGGUGAAAGAAAGAAUAAAACGAAACUGAAGCAAAAAACAACUCAGUUAUCUACUUCUCUCAAUGGCCCGUUAGGAAAGAUUUCAGAUCAACAUAGAACGUUAUCUACAGUUCCGAAGUCAUUUGAUAUGAAAAAUAAUGUAGUCAAAGAGAAGGAUGACUACAAGUUACUCGAUAACUCUGAGGAGCCACUUGACUUUUCCCACUUGCAAUUGCCUGAAAUGGAUGUCCUUGGCGAGCAAGGAGAGGACAUAGGUUCGUGGUUGAACAUUGAUGAUGAAACAUUUCAAGAUGACGACUUUAUGGGACUUGAGAUUCCAAUGGAUGAUCUAUCAGAUUUGAAUAUGAUGGUUUAAACUCUAAAGUUGAUUGUGUUGUAUAGACAUGUUCAGUAUACCACUUACAGAAUGAAACAUAACAGCUGGUGUCAAGAACUAAGCUGAAUAGUCGUUCAAGUGACUUUCCGGCCCGUGAUUGCGUUACAUAUUCUUUUCAGAACCCCUGAAAGAGAUAAUAUACCUGCGUGGACGGUUUGGAUGGUAUGGGUUUUGCUGGUAUUUAAAUAUAGUGACUUAGUUUGUAAAAAUCUUUUUGUUCUACGUAUAAGCUAGUUCGUUCUGCUCACUAUAUCUUAGGAAACACAAAUUCUGUUUGUAGCAUUUAAAGAUCAGGGGACAAUACCCCUUGUACAUACGAAUUAUGUUCUCAAUAAAAUCAGUUCAUUCAUAAAA